GUGUUCGCCCAAACAUAAGGAGAGCGCCUUAAAAAACUGUGGAGCAUUUAAAGGACCUUCACGUGCAUCACACCUGCAACAUGUACGCCGCUUCAGAGAGACACUUUCAUUUUUAGGGACUUUGUCUGGAGGAGAGAAAAAAAACAAACCUUUCUUUCGUUGUAAGAAGCUCGCAGCUGAUAGCAGCCAUGAAACCACAGGAGGUUAAGAGUAGUCAGUGGAUAUUUGGUUAUGGCUCCUUAGUGUGGAAACCUGAUUUUGUCUACCAGAGAAGAAAAAUAGGCUACAUUAAGGGCUACAAACGUCGAUUCUGGCAAGGAGAUAACUUUUAUCGAGGAGACGAGGAGAAUACAGCAAGAGUGGUGACACUGGUAGAGGAUCAGGAGGCUUGCACGUGGGGAGUGGCCUACGAAGUGGCAGACGCUAAGAUAAAAGAGUCCUUACAGUACCUCAACAUGAGAGAAGUGGUGGUGGGAGGUUAUGUUACAAAAACGGUGGAGUUCAUCCCCCAGGAAAAGGGCGAGGACCCCCUCCGUGCCCUGGUCUACAUCGCCACCUCCGACAGCCCCUCUUACUUGGGCCCGGCGUCGGACCAAGCUAUCGCGGACCAGAUCGCCGUCUGCAGGGGCAAGACGGGCCACAACAUGGAGUAUCUGUUCCGACUGGCUGACUUCAUGAGGCUUUCCUGCCCCGAGGCCAAGGAUGAGCAUCUCUUCUCCAUCGAGGCUGCUGUUGUGAACAUUUACCACAACUGUGCAAUACAAAACACCCUCAUCGUGGGAACGGUCUAAAAGACAAAGUAUUUCCAUUAUCAAGCAGUUUAUAUGUCACACAUGAAUGUGACACAUGUAGCAGAUUAUUCUUGCCUCAAUUAUGACCGGUUCAUUGUGAUAUUUGGUUCUUGCUGAUUUUACUGUUGUUGAACACAUUGUAUUUUAUACACAGAAAAAAAAGCAUGUGAUGCACUUUUCUUUAACUUUACCAAACGCUACUGUAUACUUUGUACAUGUGAAUUAUAUUUGAAUAAA